AUGAAGAAUUUGUACUACCUUGCUCAACGAAACGAUCCGUCGAGUGCCAUCAGUGACCUGAACAAACUACUGACCCAUCAUCACAUCUCCAAGUUCGACUGCUUGACGAAAGCGGACAAAUCACUACCAUACGAACAUCACCAAAGUGUCAAGGAGAUGCAGGAUGCGAUGGCUGAAGUCGUAAGAACUCAGUUGAUCGCAGACGUCAAGCAGAGCGGCAUCUUUUCUGUCAUGUGCGACGAGUCAACGGACGUAUCCACAGAAAAGACUCUCGUUCUCUACGUCCGAUACGCUCAUCAAGGACAGACAAACACGAAGUUCCUGGAGGUCACUGAAUUGAACGGCGACGAGUGCACAGCCAGUAACUUGUACCAGACCAUCACAAGAAUUAUCGAAAUGAGAGGACUCAGCAUGGAAAGCAUAGCCUGUAUGACAACCGACGGUGCGAGCGUUAUGACAGGUGUACGGGGAGGCGUUACAACGCUGAUGAAACAACGAAACGGUCUCACGCUCAGUAUCCACUGCAUCGCACACAGACUAGCCCUGGCCAGUGGACAAGCCGCCGACAGUGACAAGUACUUAAAGAAAUUCCAGGCCAUGAUAAACACGAUAUAUAAGUACUAUCACUACUCGCCGAAACAUCAGUCAAGACUUAAAAAGAUCCAACAAGUGUACGAAAUGGCUGAACGGAAAUUCAAGCAGACGUUCCAUACUCGGUGGCUGUCAUUUGAGGGAGCUGUCGACGCCUUGCUAGCAAACUAUGAUGCGCUGGUAACAUGUAUGGAGAUGGAUUCAGCCGAGUUUGGUGAUCCCGUUGCGAAAGGUCUGCUGAAAUUCAUAACGGACUACCGGUUCCUGUACACCUCCCACUACAUGAAAGAUGUACUAACGACAUUGAACAUUCUAAGUAAAAACUUUCAGAGACGCGAUUUAACAGUGUCUGAGCUGGCCUUUCAACUCAAUGCGGCAGUCGGUGCGUUGCGCGCAAUGAAGACGGUACCUGGGCCGUUCCUGAGAACAUUCAUUUCCAGUCUACCAGAGAACUACGUCGAUGGGUUCCAAUAUGGAGUAGAGGGUCGGAUGAAUCAGAUCAAGUGUUCACAAAACCUUGUGACGCUCACCAUAACGAGCAUGGAGAAUUACUUAGGAGUGCUUCUCAACAAUCUGUCCGAGCGAUUCACGGACAACGGAACUGUAUCCCGUUUCUCGAUCUUCGAUCCAUCCAGGCUGCCAUCUUUAGAGGACGAAUUACUUACCUACGGAAACGAGGAAAUCCACCAACUCGCUGAGUUCUACGGUAGAGACGCUUCACCCCUAUCCGUUAAUCCCGACGAUUUACGAGCGGAAUGGUGCCUAUUCAAGUACUACAUGAACAACAAUUACCGGCGGAUGAGUUUCAGUGACAUGGCUGAACGUGUGCUGCAGAACGGGAAUACAACUGCGUCCUAUCCGAACGUGUCUAAACUAAUAAAAGUGUGUUUGGUUUUACCAGUGUCUAGUGCUGACUGCGAGCGCGGGUUUUCCCGGUACAAUUUGAUCAAAACCAAACCCAGGAACAGACUUUACACGUCAACUGUGAACACCCUAAUGAUGCUGACAGUCGACACACCGGCGUUAGCUGAUAUGGAUAACUUUAACUUUGGCAGAGCAUUCGACGUGUGGGCAGCAGCGAAGGCAAGACGAGCAAGACAUUUCAUGAACAACAAGUGA